GGUAAAUACAUUUACACGGUGGGGGUGCUUUCGGUAUUUUAUAUCACAGGCACUUCCGACAGGACCAGGCACGUGACAGCCGCCAUUUUGGGUGGAGUUAAAAAAGGAGAAACGGAGCAGAGUAGCGGCGGAAGGCGGGAGUUCUGUGCGCUUUGGGAUGAAAACAGAGGAUUAGGGGGGAAGUCGACGGAGAAAGCGAAAGGAAGAAAAGCCAGCUAGCAGCGACGCAAAACCCAAAUCGUUUUGAAGACGAUUUUUCGCUAAUCUCCACGAGAAGGAGAAUUUUUUUUUUUUUAGAGAUGGUUGAGUUGGUUAGCUCUUCCCCUGGAGUGAAGGUGGAGGCAGAAUCCGACGGCGGCGGCUCUUCCUUGGAGGAUCAUCGCGGGCCUGGCCGCCUUCACAAACGCGCGAAGCUAGAGCUUUCUCUACAGCUGCAGGAACUGGAUGACCCACUUGAGGAGCCGAGCCCUUUGGGCUUGCGUCUGAAAAAGACUCCAUCUUUCUUAGAUUUGGUCCAAACCAAGCUCUCCCGGGACAAGACAGAUGGCGGGAAGAAGGGCACCGCCAGUUCAUCUGCUGCUGACACAAACAAGCUCAAAGCAUCGAACUUCCCGGCUACGCUCCUGAAAAUUGGGGAUUGGGAGUACAAAUCUAGGUAUGAAGGUGAUUUGGUGGGGAAAUGUUACUUUGCCAAGCAUAAGCUGGUUUGGGAAGUUCUGGAUGGUGGUCUUAAGAACAAGAUUGAAAUCCAGUGGUCUGAUAUUGUGGCCAUCAAGGGCUAUUUCCCCGACGAUGAUGAACUUGAGACCUUGCACGUUGUGUUAGCUAGGCCGCCGCUGUUCUUCAGGGAGACGAAUCCUCAACCUAGGAAGCACACUCUGUGGCAAGCCUCAACUGAUUUCACUGGUGGACAAGCCAGCAUGCACAAGCAACAUUAUCUGGAAUGCCAGCAGGGAUUCCUGCGGAAGCACUUUGAGAAACUCGUACAGUGUGAUCCUCGCCUUAGCAUUCUUAGCCAAAGGCCAGAGAUUCCGUCAACUUCUUCUCCAUAUUUCGACCAUAGAGUUUCAGCAUUUGGGGACUUGAAUGAACCGUGUGAAGAAGCUCUGGAUAUGAAGAAGUCGGAGGAAGGAACCUCACCAUCCGGAGUGCUGCCAACGACUUCCAACACUAGUACUGACUGCCAACUUUUCAUCGGUAGGCCCAGUGAAAGCACUUCUCAGAAGGCUUCGUUGAUGAACCCUCGUGGACUUCUUCAACAAUCCAUGUCAAUCGAUGACCUCGUGAACUACAUUGGACACUGUACUUCAGAACUCAAAACCGGAGAAAUCCCUGUAUCGCUUGGGCAGCUCAAGAACAGCAACAUUCUGGAGGAGAUCACACAGCACUUGCUCAGCGAUUCUCAGUUUACCUCCUCGGAUGAGGAGUCUCACCUCAUGUCAAGGGUCAACUCUUUCUGCUGCCUGCUGCAGAAAGAUCCGGUCUCAGCACGCAACUUUCUGUCAAAGAACCAGAGUGAUGCUUCUGAGGUGGACAAUUGCGGAAGGACAAUAGCUGGAAGUAAAGAAGCAGUAAUUCCCGUGGGAACUGAAGGGGAGAACAAAAGUGGCCUUCGGUACAAGACUGCUGGUCCUACAACCAUGCCAAGAAACAACUCAAUUGGGGAGCUUCUUCUCAACCUUCCAAGGAUUGCCUCUCUGCCAAGAUUCUUGCCCAACAUGUAGAGAAAACAUUCCAAGGUUUAUCGUGGAGGGUUCUGAUAUUUGCAACCGUGAAGGAUCUUUGAAUACUGUGUUCAGUGAUUGGUGGUGGUCAUGUUUGUACAUUCAUAUGUAGUGCCAAGGAGUUGAAACUGGUUUUCACCUGUAAAGUUAUUAGGUCACUGUGUAGUUUUUUGUCCACGUUUGUAGCGAGAAAGUUGCUUAUUUGUACGGCUGUGCUUGUCUUGGAUAAACUAAAACAAUAGGUAACUUGAAAGAUAUCUGUAAUCCGAAUGUUAGAAGCAACAUAUGAACUAUCUUUGGGCAAUAUCCCAUUUGGUCAAAACUUUGGUCACAUUUUACAGUUGAGGACUCCUCUCAAUUCAAGGGAAGAACAGAUGUAAACAAAGCGUAAAGCAAGG